AUGUCUUCUAAACGGCAGGUACCCCAUAAGGGACAGGAGUUCUCUACCGACGAUGAUGUCCAGGAAGUUGAAGAGGAUAUAGCUAUUCAGCAGGCAACAAACCCUCAGCCUUCGCCAAGAACUCGCCCUUUAAUAAAGCAGAAUUCAACAAUCCGGCGGAGGGUUAGCGCACGCGUCGGAACAUUUGCGCAAACAGAUUCCGAUCAGGAUAGAGAGAACGAAUUCGGCUUGCCAGAAUCUGGUCUAGAAGACUCUGGGGUCGAGUCCUCCUCGAAGCAGCCGGAAGCAGAAACCCAAGCUGGCGGAGAAAGCGGUUCAGACGAUGGUUCAGACGACGAGGUGACCAGUGAUGCAGAAAGUUUCACUCUGAAAGAUCGUCAACAAGCUAUCAACGAAACCCACCCAUUCGGAAUCAGGCUGUGGAAACCUGCAUUGUACAAGAAAAGUCGUUCAGUAGAAAAGACUGCUGAAGGAGAUAUACACUCGUCUCCAGGGGGACGGGUGGGAAAUAUCCUUAUUCUAACCAAUCUACUGUGGACUAUAUUUUUCGGAUGGUGGCUUGGCCUUGCGGCUCUUACAGCUGCUAUCGCUUGUUUUGCCUUUGCCUAUUCACCCAGUGCCGUGGAAUAUGGGAGAGUCUUUUCUGGACUUUCCUGGUAUUUAAUAUACCCUUUUGGCUCCUUCGUACGAUUAAAUAGCGAUGAAAAUUAUGCAGAAGAAGAUGAAGGUGAAGGUCGCAGCAUCAGCGAGUAUGAGCAAUGGCAGAACGGCGACCUAGAGUAUGGUAGGCUAUUUUUCGGACCCCGUCGCAAUCAGUCUCUUGUUGGGAGAAGGCGAAACAGUGUCGAUUCGGCCAGUGAACAAGAAAGCCUUCUAGGCCGAACACACAGGGGCAAUGCGCAAGAAACCCCCAUAAGCCAUUCUAAACGGCGUUUGUUUGGCCGUGGAGAGUGGACUCUAGGUCGCGUUGUGUUCUUCGUAUUCUUCUAUUUCCUUGUUGGGCCCUUGAUGCUCUUGGUGUCUCUACUCUGCUGGUUCCUCGUCUUCUGGAUUCCAAUGGGACGCGUGACCAUAAUUUUGUUUGAUCACCUUCGUCGUCAUCCGCUAGCUUUAUCGUACCAUUCUGACACAACAUCUACGCGUCUCAGUCCUGGUUCCUCUUCGUCCAUCCUGUUAUGCACUUAUCGGGCUGCUGGUUUAAGAUAUUGGAAAUACACAGUGGGCGGGACCAACAUCUUCUUGAUCAACCUUCUUGGUGUCGUCUUAUUCGUGAUCUUUGAUUACUUUCUCCUAGCUAAAACUCUGAAUGUUCAGAGUUGGUUGACGCAUCCGGGUCUAAUUUUUACACUUGCACUCGUUUCUAUCAUCCCUCUAGCUUAUUUUAUUGGGCAAGCUGUUGCCUCGAUUUCCGCACAAUCGUCCAUGGGCAUGGGUGCGGCCGUCAAUGCAUUUUUCUCGACAGUAGUCGAGGUUUACCUCUACUGCGUGGCUUUAACAGAGGGGAAAAGUCAGCUUGUCGAGGGCAGCAUCAUCGGCAGUAUCUUUGCAGGUGUCUUGUUCCUUCCCGGAUUGUCCAUGUGUUUUGGUGCUAUCAAGCGCAAGACACAACGUUUCAAUGUGAAAUCUGCUGGAGUCACUUCCACGAUGCUAAUGUUCGCUGUAAUUGCUGCGUUCGGUCCCACGCUCUUUUACCAAAUCUAUGGCAGUCACGAACUCAAUUGCCGGCCAUGCUUCAGCGCGGAAUCGGGCAGCGGUGAUUGCCGCCGUUGCUACUUCUCCCAAGUCCCUGCCGUUAAUGAUAGUUUCUUUCGAAAAGCCGUGCAACCUUACUCAUGGUUCGCGGCUCUGUUCCUCUUUCUAUCAUAUAUCAUCGGGCUAUGGUUUACACUCAGGACCCAUGCCGCCCUCAUUUGGGCUACAGAAGCCGAGGAAAAAAAAACCGCGGCCUUUGCUCAUGAGCAAAGCCCUUAUGAACCGAGGCAUCUCCUCUUUCAAAGCGGACAGUCAGGACUUCCUGGUGGAACUGCUGGGCCAAAAGGAUCAGUUCGCGACUCUCAACUAUACAAACGGAUCCUAGGGCAGUCUCUAAAGCACGUUGGCUUGUCAGAUGUCGCAGCUGAAUCUGGUACAGACCAACCCGAACCAAGUUCCACGCGUGACAUGAAUACAACUCCCUACCUUGUUCCCCCUCGAACGGAGGGCGAAGCUAAAUGCCCAGAGUUCAAAGACUUGAGAGGCAUGUCUGGCAAAGAGAACGAGCAUUUGAUGCGCCAAGUAACAGAAGUCGCAGCAACAGCUGCAGCCGUUGCUGCCCGUGAUGCCGCUCGACCUCGGAAGCCUUCUGUCCAGCACUGUACGCUGCGUCAAGGAAGUAAAGGGUCCACAGAUCCCAUCAAAACUAUGUUAGAGGAGCAUGAUGAUGUCGGGCUUGAAUGUAGCCACCCGGGCGGUGGACAUGAUGCACCUAACUGGAGCAGAUCUAGAAGCUCCAUUAUCCUUCUGGUGGCCACUAUCCUCUACGCAGUUAUCGCCGAGAUACUCGUCAAUACGGUGGAUGUUGUACUGGAGAGUGUCGAUAUCGAUGAGAAGUUCCUUGGAAUAACUCUAUUUGCUUUGGUGCCAAACACCACAGAGUUUUUGGUAAGUUAA